UAUUUUGAAAAUUUUUAAAUGCAACUUCCAGCUUUCAUGCGAAUCGGAGAUCCAAUAGCGUGUGUUCCAAAACUCAAUCUGAAUUCCCUGUUUCGAGUUCAAGAAAAAGUAAAGGAGUAACCAAAGACAGAGAUUUCGAUUUUCGAGGCGGAAGAUUUUGAAAUCAGAGACAACGAGGAGCAAAUCAUAGUGAAGUAGAAAGAUAACGGUGGCUGAAAGGUUGUUUUGAUUUCAUUUGAAUCCAAUUGGUACUACUCAUUUUCCAACUGAGAGACAUUGCGAGGCAAGUUUCACGACACACCGGUGGUAGAUUUAGGGUUAGGGUCAUUUUGUUUCUAAUUCUGAGAGAAAAAGAGCACCAGGUUUACAGUUUAGGGUUUUGGUUUGCGUUUUUCUUGAAAAAUGACCGACGUGAUACUGCACAUAUACGACGUCACGAAUAGCGGAUCAGAUAAGACCAACAAUACAAUCGUUAAUAUCAACAAGAUUUUCAAGGAUGGAAUUGGUCUUGGCGGUAUCUUUCAUAGCGCUGUUCAGGUUUAUGGAGAUGAUGAAUGGUCCUUUGGGUUUUGCGAGCAGGGAACUGGAGUUUUCAGUUGCCCCUCUGGACAGAACCCAAUGUACACGUAUCGUGAAAGUAUUAACCUUGGAAGAACAAACUGUUCAAUUUUCAAGGUGAAUCAGAUUUUAAGAGAACUUAGUAGAGAGUGGCCUGGAAGUUCAUAUGACUUGCUAUCAAGAAAUUGUAACCACUUUUGUGAUCAGUUCUGCGAAAUGCUCAAUGUACCAAAGCUUCCAGGUUGGGUUAAUCGGUUCGCCAAUGCUGGUGAUGCUGCACUGGAAGUAGCUGGAAACACAGCAGUUCGUUUUAAACAGGCAAAGACAGAGAUCGUAUCGGCCAGCAAAGUGGCUUACCGUUUUCUUCUUGGGGCCACGAACAACAUCUUGUCUUCUCCAGACUCUACUAGUGAUUCGAAUAGAGUUACUUCUAGAUUUCAAGCUGCAUGGUUUAAGAAUCUUAUUACUACUGGUGCUAAACCAUCGAGUAGUUCAGAAAUAGGGAAUGAAGUUGAAGGUGCACAGCAACAACGCAAAGCAAAUGAAGAGUCGCCAAUGUUGCUCAAUUCCCGAUUGCAGCGUGAUAUAUGAAAGUGUUCUGGAGUGUUGUUAGGUACAAGUGAAAAUCGUGUUUUGAUGAACUUAGGUUUAUUGUUUCAUUAAGUGUAAAAUUUCAUUUUUAUUACUGAGAAAUAUAUUGAUUUGUGUGCGUUUAUGGAGCUGCUCCUUUUGCAUCUGAUGAUAUUUUGUGCAGAAUCCUUCAAGUCAAUACAUAGCAACAACCCAUUUUGUGGUUCAUCUGA